AUGGUGUAUGCUCAGGGCCCGUGCCAAGAGCACAUCAACAGCCCCAGCGACACCAUCGAUCUGCCGUCAACUCCAACGGACCCAGCAUCUGCAUGGAUUGGUAUCGGGUGCAAUGCACACGCCAAUCUAUGCACCGACGCGCGCACGUCCAUCUCAUCCUUUCGCACACUGCUGCGUUCUCUCAAUGUGACCAAUCUAUCCGCGCGCACUUCCCCCAAGAACAUUGACCUCAACAUUGACACGUACGUGGACUACGUCCGUGUGAUGGAGGCGUUUGUACGCCAGUUCUGCCCCUCCACCGUCUCGCAGCAGCGACCAGCCCAAAACCAUCGUUCCCACCAAGGAGAAGAACCGCACCAGCGUGUCCGCCGGGAGAGCACACCCCCUCCCACGACCACUGCACCAACUACCACCACGACUACCACCACCACCACGACUACCACCACCACCACCACGACAACGACGCUGAAUGAGACGCAGAAGUUUGCGCAGAGACCCGUCGUGUGUACACUGAGUGCAAGCGCCCUCGGCACAGCAGAGUAUGACUGCACCCAACCGCGGCAGGCAAGCGUGUUGGAGUUGCAACUGGUCAGAAACGAUGCCAGCGAGGUCCGAGCGUUCUCAGACAGCGAUGCUAACACCUUUGCCAGUGACAUCAUCCAAACAGUGCGCCCGAGGAAUGUCACCGUGAACUCGGUGGUGAGUGUGUAUGAGCUGCGGUGGAUCUUUGCACUGGACUGGCCAUCAUCCGUGCACGCGGUUGCUGUCCGCGGCUUGGAGGGCGGGACGUUUCCCCUCUCCACUUUCAACCGCCUGACCUCCCUGACCACCAUCGACUUGUCCAAAAACAACAUUACGAGCUUGCAACCGGUCGACACCACGAACGGCGACAAUGAAUUCGGGCUCGGGCCCAGCAUCAAGACGCUUGAUGUGUCCUCAAACAGCUUGAGCGCACUUCCAACCGCCACGCUUGCGGCCAUGCCAAACCUGGAACAGCUCGUGUGGGCAGGCAACCAGCUCGACUCCAUUGAACAAAUGGCCUUCACGCAGACACCAAACCUUACGAGCCUCAUUCUCAGCAACAAUCGCUUGUCCACCCUUGCCAAGCUGACAUUUGCGGGCCUCAGCACCCUCAUACACCUCGACCUCAGUGGCAACGGUAUCUCCCAGCUUCACGCUGACGCGCUCGCGUCUGUCGUCAACCUUCGAUUCCUGAACCUCAACAACAACCCCAUUGAAGCAUUCAGUGACGCGCUGUUUUCUCGACUGACACAGCUGCGCGAGCUGAAGCUGUCCAACACCCGUGCCACCAGCUUGCCCGUUAACCUGUUUGCCAACAACACGAACCUUCUGGACCUGCGGCUCCGCGGCAAUCGGUUCACUCAGGUUUCUGAGGGCACCUUUGACGCACUGUCCCGGCUCACUCUUCUCUCGCUGGCGCUCAACAGAAUCACCCACAUCCCCAGUUGGCUGUUUGUCGGCGUCACGCGGCUGCAGGAGCUGUACUUGACGCACAACGAGAUUGAGAGCGUGGACGCCGACGCUUUUCACCCCUUGUCGAACCUAAACACGCUCCUCCUCAUCAACAACAAGCUCACCCACAUUCACCCCGAUGCCUUCAGCACGGCCACGGCGCUGACGGCUGUUGACUUGAGCCGCAACAAGAUAUCCCAACUCGACCCCAACCUCUUCCACAGCAGCCGGGCGCUGACGGCGCUGGGUCUGGCAAACAACCGCAUCACCAACUUUCAGCACACGCCUCUUCCAGCACUGCAGCAUUUGCGCCUUCAUGACAACCCGCUCGAGCAGCAGCCCAACCUCCAGGCGUUUCCGAGGCUGGUCACCCUCCGCAUGAACAACCACAACAUCACCAAGGUCGAUUUGUCCGUGAUGUUCUCUCUGCGACAGCUGCGCACACUCGAGAUAGCGGCUGCCCCGCAGACUCGCACAUCGACGGCCGUUUUUGCCACGCCAGAGCACACGCACAACGCCAGAACAGUUGUUCACGAGCUGGACGCGCGCAACAUCGCUCUUGAAAAGCUGUUUGUGCGCGGUUUUGAGGCAGCAGACUUUGCGUUCACACGGCUCGCCCUUGGUUGGCCUGGGAUGAGCGCGAGCAACUUUCCCUUGCAAGAUCUUUGUGGUGCAAUGGCUGACAACGUCGAGGAGUUUACGCUCACCAACACGGCGUACGAGAGCAUCGCGUUGUGCAGCCACACGCUGUUCAAAGCAGUGUUCCUCCAGAACAACCCUCAAUUGAAAUCGGUGGAGAUCCACAACCCACUAGAUCUCCUGCAUCUGAAAGGAUGCACCAAGCUAACAGACCUCCACGUGCCGCGCGCUGAGAUUGCCGAUCUCUCGGACACCAGUGUCACGUCCAUCACGCCGCUGUGUAGCGACUGGGGGUCACGCGCGCUGUUUUACAAGGGCGUUCGCAACCCUCUCCUUGAACAGCGGGGCCCGGAGCUGCUGCAACGAUGCAUUCGCAACGCAGAGGUGGUGGACUUUAGCGGCAGCUCGUGGUUCAACUCCCUCGACGAGAUCCAGGCAGCCACUGCAGAGCCCAUUAUCCUCUCAGCGCAAGCGUUCAAUGGCCUGGACGACCUGCCGCUGCGCAGCCGAGUCGGGGCGCCCUCCAUCACCACACACAACACGCCCGUCACGUGUAAUAUUGUGUUCCAGCGUGACGAGUUUCGUGUGCGAGGCUCCCCUGGCCAGCAGGGCGAACAGAGCAAGGACGAGCUGACGCAGCUUUCGUUUCAGUUUCGAUGCACCUGUGCUGAUGGCUUCCACAGGGACUCCAACGGCAAAUGCCAGAGGAAGGAUUUACACGUUGCCACCAUCGUCAUCGUCUCCAUCCUGUCCUUUGCCGCGGUGUGCGCGCCCAUCACCCUGUGGCUGUACCGUCGCUACCGCCGCGCCCACACCAGCGAUGCCUUGCACAGGCAGCUGCUGGGUGAGCGCAAUGAGGAGGUGCUGGCGCUGAAGCGCGCGUGGGAGAUUGAGUACGGCGAGCUCAAGUUUCUGAAACGCAUCGCCGCGGGCGCAUUUGGCGUGGUGUUCAAGGUGCAGUGGGACAUGGUGACGGUGGCGGUGAAGGUGCUGCAACAGAGUGUGCUGGAGUUUGACAACAGCACGGUGGCGGAGUUUGAGAAGGAGGUCGAGUUCCUGCAGAAGACACGACACCCGAACGUAGUGCGGUUCUUUGGGGCGGGCACAGACCCCACGGGAACCAGGUUCCUGGUGCUGGAAUUCAUGGCCAUGGGGUCACUGAAGGACCUGCUAGCCACUGAUAUAGAGACGAUGCUGCUUGAGCUGAGAGCCAUGCACGCCGAGUUUGACGUCCCGACCACUGGCGAGGACGACGAUGAUGUUGUCACGAACGAAGCUGUGGAUGGGGAGACAUUGGUCAGCUUCACACCCGAGAACCAGCGGCGCAGCCGCAUGGAGGAGACGACGACGUCCUGGGACCUGAAGCUAACCCUUCUUCUCGAUGUCAUCAACGGCAUGGCGUUCAUCCACAGCCUGGACCAGAUGCAUCGUGACUUGAAGAGUGGCAACGUGCUGGUGUCCGGAAAUCUGCGCGCCAAGAUCACGGACUUUGGCUCCAUCCGCCAGUGUUUCGCGCCCAACCCAACAACAGCGCUCUCAAGAGGACUGGGGCGUGCCCGGACCACUUUCUCCUUCAUGACAGCGCAAACGACAGCGGCACCCUGGUCUCCGUCUUCAGCGUCGAUGGAUCCGCAAUACUCGCAGGAGACUGGUCUGGAAACAAUGACGAGCAUGUCUCUAACGGCGGGCGUGGGCACGCCCCUGUACAUGGCGCCAGAGGCACUGACGGGUGACAAGUACAGCUUUGAGGCAGACGUGUUCAGCUUUGGUGUGCUGAUGUGGGAGGUGGCGACGCAGCGUGUGCCAGACUUGAUUGAGCAGGAGGAGGGGUGUGAUUUCCAUGGUCCAAUCCUCGCCACCAUCAGCAAUCUCCUGCAGCAUGGCAAGCGACUUCGCUUCGACGACAGCGUGCAAGUGCCGGAGUGGUACAAGGAGGUGACGCGGGAGUGCGUGCAGCACUCACCAGAGCAGCGCCCCACCUUUGCUCAACUCCGCGACAGGUUUCUCCCCGACUCAGCUUGACGCUUUGAUCGGCGUUCUUGUGAUAUGAUGUGAUGGGAUGUGAUGUGAUGUGUGUGUGUGUGUGUGUGUG